GCUGGCCGUGCUUAGCGACUUGUUAGUCAAAGUAAGUUGGGCUGCGUUUCAGGACCUGUGGCGAGGGCCCUACGGCAGAGCACGUUGGAAAUGAGACAGAGAUAGACAAAGUCUGAUAACGUAGGAGCCACUUGCCCAGAAGCACAUAGACAUGUGGAAGGAAUAAUAGAAGCUGAGGUUCCUAUUAAUCAUUCUCAUCUUUGGAUGUGCCCAAGGUUACCAAUGUUAGGAAGCUGAACAAAAUGGAUGGAGAAUCUGGCAGAUUUCAAAUUAAUACUCCGGGUUUUGUGAAGAAAAAACACAGAGAAAGCUCUGCAACUGAGGAAAAGAAUAAAGAGUUUAACCAGAAAGAUCUCAGUGACUCUCUCCUGCUCUUUGAUGAACAUUCUGAAAGGACUGCAGACCAAGCAGAUUCCCAGUUCCCCAGUUCUACUUGUAUCAGAUCAGAAAUCUGCAAUGAUAAUGAAAUCCUAAAGGAUGUCACUACAGCCAAAAAAAGAAAAAAGAAAACUGCAGUCCCCUGUGAUAUACAGGAGGAAAUGGGGGUAAUAUGUGUCCUUGUGAAUAAAGAAAAUAUCGAAAGUAUGGAAAGGGAGAACUUUAGAAAAGAUGUUGAUAUUGUUUAUAUAGAUAAGAAAAAAGGGAAAGGGUUUCUAAAAUCAAGUGAAAAAGAUGAACUGCAUUCAAUUUCUGAAGCUGAUAUAAAUGAGAUAGAAGAUCCAGAUCACAAACUUAAGGACAAACUCCAUACAGUCAUUGGUGGGAAGGGAAAUUUCAAUGAUACACAGAAAACUUCUCAUGAGAGCUUCUAUUCCCAAGAGCAAGAAUCUAUCUUUUGUUUAGAAAGAGAAGGUGAGAUUAGGGAACCGUUAGUAUCUACUGAUAUAAUGAGAUUGUCAGAGUCCAAGAACAAAAGCAAAAAGUCUCCAAAUAAAAACCAUGUGAAAUCUAAGGAUAUUUCCGUGUCUGAUGAAAGCCGUGUGACCAUGCACACCAAUGGGACACAAGUGGUCAAUGAAGUUAGUGCAUUAGAGAACGAUAGGACCCUUGAGGAAGACAGAAUAAAAUCUGUCAGGAAAAAGAAAAAAAAGGAAAAGACCUCACAUGAAAAUGAUCAGGUAUCUGCUUAUGAUUUUUCAGUACCCAGUGCGAGCUCUGUAGGUGACCAAAUGAAAACAGGUGAUAGUGUUAGUAAUGUGGAGACUCUGGAGGGUGCUAGCACCCUUAGUGAAAGCAAUACAGAAUUAGUCAGAAAAAAGAAAAAGAAGCAAAAGACUUCAUCUAAAAAUGAUCGAGCACGUACUGACACUUUUUCAGUGUCUGAGAUGAACUAUGUGGAUAUACCUUUUGACCAAGUAGUUGGUGUAGCUAAUAGCAUUGAGAUUUUGGAGGGUCAUAGCACCUUCGGUGAAAGUAAUGUGGAAUCUAUCAAGAAAAAGAAAAAAAAGAGGAGGUCUUCAAAUAAAAAUGAUGUGGUGCCUAUGGAUGAUUUUUCAGUGCCUGAUGAGAACUCUUUGGAUAUACCAUCCAAUAGUGUUAAUUAUGUCAAGACUGUCGAGGGUGAUAGUAUCCUCAGUGAAAGCAAUGUGGAAUCUGUAAGAAAAAAGAAAAAGAAGCAAAAGACUUCAUCUAAAAAUGAUCAAGCAACUGCUAACGAUUUUUCAGUGCUUGAGAUGAGUUCUAUGGAUGUGCCUUCCGACCAAAUAGUAGUGGUUGGUGCAGCUAAUUGUGGCAUUGAGACUUCAGAGGGUGAUAGCACCUUUGUGGAUUCUGUCAGGGAAAAGAAAAGAAAGAGAAAGAGUUCCCAUAAAAAUAAGCAGGCACCUACUGAUUUUUCAGUACCUUGUACAAGCUCUGUGGAUGUGCCAUCUGACCAGAUGAAAAAAACUAGCGUUAACGUUGAGACUUUGGAGGUUGAUAGCACCUUUAACGAAAGCAAUGGGGAAUCUAUCAGGAAAAAGAAAAAGAAACGAAAGACUUCCACUGAAAAUGAUCAGGCACCUGCUGGUGACUUUUCAGUAUCUGUUCCAGGCUCUGUGGAUUGGCCCUCUGACCAUAUGAAAACGCAUAAUAAUAUUAAUAACAGUGAGACUAUGGAAAGUGAUGGUGCCCUUAUUGAAAGCAUUGGGACAUCUGUCAGAAAAAAGAAAAAGAAGCAAAAAGCUUCAUCUAAAAAUGAUCAGACACCUGCUGGGGACUUUUCCAUACCAUGUACAAACUCUAUGGAUAGGUCUCCUAAACACGACCAAGUGAAAACAGGUGAUAAUGUUAACAAUGAGACUGUGGAGGGUGCCAUCACUCUUAGUGAAAGCAACAUGGAAUCUAUCAGGAAAAAGAAAAAGAAGCAAAAGACCUCAGCAAAAAAUGAGGAGGAACUUGCGGGUGACUUUUCAUUACCUGAUCCAAGCUCUGUGACUACGUCUUCUAACCAUAUGAAAACAAAUAAGAUUAAUAACACUGAGUUCCUGGAAAGUGAUAGAACCCUUAUUGAAAGCAAUGGGGAAUCUGUCCGAAAAAAGAAAAAGAAGCAAAAGACUUCAACUAACAAUGAACAGGAACUUGGUGAUGACUUUGCAGCUCCUUGCAUGAGCUCUGUGGCUAGAUCUUCUGACCUUAAGAAAAUGGGUAAUAGGUUUAACACUGAGACUGUGGAGGCUGAGGGCAUCCUUAACAAUGGGGAGUCUGUCAGGAAAAAGAAAAGAAAGCAAAAACAUUCAACUGAAAAUGAGCAGGCCCUUACUAAUGACUUUCUAGUACCUGGUCCAAGCUCUGUGGUUGGGCCUUCUGACCAUAUGAAGAUAGGUGGUGAUGUUAAUGACACUGAUGCUUUGGAGGGUGAAAGUGCUCUUAAUGAAAGCAGUGUGGAAUCUGGAAGAAAAAAGAAAAGAAAGAGAAAAACUUCAACUAGAAAGGAUCAAGGACUUGUGGAUGACCUUUCAGUUUCUGGUAUGGGUUGUAUGGGUGAACCCUCUGGCCAAAAGAAAGCAGUCCACAGAACUGAUAACAUGAUGAAUUCAGAGAGUAGUAACACUCCUAAUGAGAGAGUGAGAGACACCAGGAGAAGGAAGAGGAAAGAAUCUCACUCAGAGAAAACAAGUGUAGAAACUGAGGAGAGGUUAGUAUCUACAAAUGAGGAAAGAAGGAAUUUGGAAGAAGCUGACGAUUCAGAUUUGGAAAAUUUGUCUGAUGAUUUUAUAGAUCUAGAUGUUGACUUGGACACUGCAGUGAAGAAACUCCAAGAGUUUAUUCCUAAUGUGAAGGAAAGGGCAGCUGCUACAGUAAAGCGGAUGUAUAGGGAUGACUUGAAACGAUUUCAGCAGUUUAAAGAACAAGGUAUGCCUAUUAAAUUUGGAAAAUUUUCUGCAAAGGAAAAUGAACAACUACGGAAAAAUGUAGAAGAUUUUUUAUCAUUGACUGGAAUUGAGACUGCCGACAAAUUGCUGCAUACAGACAGAUAUCCAGAGGAGAAAGCUGUGAUCACAGACUUAAAAAGAAAGCACCAAUUUAGAUGCCACAUUGGUGAAGGUAUUCCCCGGCCUUGGAAAUUAGUAUAUUAUAGAGCAAAAAAAAUGUUUGAUAUCAACAAUUAUAAAGGCAGAUAUAGUAAAAAGGACACUCAAAAGUUAAAGAAGUACCAGUCCAUACAUGGAAACGAUUGGAAAAAGAUUGGUGAGAUGGUGAACCGAAGUAGCCUCUCUGUGGCACUGAAAUUCUCUCAGAUUAGCAAUAAGAUAAAUCAUGGUCCUUGGAGUAAAGCGGAAACUCGGAGACUGAUUAAAGCUGUUGAAGAAGUGGUUCUAAAGAAGCUGUCACCAAAGGAGGUGGAAGACAUAGACUCUCGCCUCCAAGAAGACAGUUCCCCAGAAUCUUUAUCAGUUUUGCGGAAACAGCUUUACAAGGGUAUAUCCUGGGUAGAAGUAGAAGCCAAAGUAGAAACAAGGAAUUGGAUGCAGUGUAAAAGUAAGUGGCCUGAAAUUCUAACCAAGCGGAUGACCAAUGGGAAGGUUGUGUACCGUGGGACAAAUGCUCUGCGUGCCAAAAUCAACCUUAUUGAAAGGUUGUAUCAAACAAAUGUACAAGAAGCUAAUGAAGUUAAUUGGGAACACCUUGCUGGCGCCAUUGGAGAUGUUCCUCCAUCCUAUGUUCAAUCUAAAUUUUAUAAACUGAAAGCUACCUGUGUCCCUCUUUGGCAGAAGAAGACCUUCCCAGAAAUCAUAGACUACCUCUAUGAGACCAGUCGCCCAUUACUGGAGCAGAGGUUAAAGAGGAAGCUGAAGAAGGAAGGCACAACUGUCCAGGAGCCUGAGGUGCCAAGGCAGUCGUUUCGAUUCAAGGACAUCUUUUUUUGUGAAAGUGACAGCGAAGAAGAAGAUAGGGAAGAAAGCAGCUAAAUCUGGGUCACACACAAGUUCCUUUUUUAUAUUUUUAACUUAUUGCACUGCUCAUGGUCUUUUAGUCAUUUUCAGAAUUGUCAUCCUUUGAAGAAUGGACAGUGACCAGGGAAGGGUUGGGGGGUUUUGUUUGUUUAAUUCUGCCUUAACAUUAUUAGAAUUUCGAGGUAGAAAAGACACUUUAAAGUGUCUCCUAACCCUCUCAUUUUACAGGUGGAGAAACUGAGGUCCCAAAAGGUAAGGUAACAUUACUGAGGCAAUAAUGAAUUUAGGAGAAAAGGAACAUUUACUAUCUGUGUAAACAGACUUAAUUUCUUCAUGUGUAAAAUGAGAAUAAGAAUACUUGCACUCCCUACCUC